GGCCUGAUGUAUUCCUUCGACUCCGUUCACCUCCAUUCACACAGUAAAUAAAAGCAUGGAGGCUCUGACUCUCGGGAGCUAACACCGAGCAGCGGGGGGUAAAGACAUUGCCGCAUGCGCUCUUCGUUUCAACCAAAAUACUCAGGCAGGAAGCAGGACAGUGGCAAACGUUUUUUCAGUUGGAUUUAAGUCAUUUUACAUAGAAGUGAGGUUUGAAGUUGGCGACAGGAGCGGGGCAGCCCGCCGUGCUGAGCAUGAAGCGGACGGCUGUAGUGGCCAGGCACAAUGGCCUCGUCUCUCCGCUGGGGAACAACAACUCCGGGGCUUCGAGCAUCGUCUCACCACCCCAGCAGAGAGGCACUAAUGUGUCCGCUUCUACCGACAGUGGUACCGGCGGUGGGAUGGACGGCCUGCUGGAUUUCUCCAAAGGCCCCACCGUCAAAACUGAACUGAUUUGCAAAUGGACUGACCGAACUUCCUCGAGACAGAGGCUUGGGCGGACGGCGACGUCCGUCUGCGACCAAACUUUCAGCUCCAUGCAAGAGCUGGUGGACCACGUCACCACUGAGCAUGUAACGGCGGGGCUCGAGACCCUCAGUCAUGUCUGCAUGUGGGACGAGUGUAUGCGCGGUGGGAAGGCGUUCAAAGCCAAAUACAAACUCAUCAACCACAUUCGUGUGCACACCGGGGAGAAACCUUUUUCGUGCGCAUUUCCCAACUGCGGCAAGAUGUUUGCACGCUCCGAGAACCUCAAGAUCCACACGCGCACGCACACUGGUGAGAAGCCAUUCCAGUGUGAGUUUUGUGAGCGACGUUUCGCCAACAGCAGUGACCGGAAGAAGCACUCACAAGUCCACACGGCCUCGAAGCCCUACGACUGCAAGGCUCUGGGCUGUACCAAGUCCUACACCCACCCCAGCUCCCUGCGCAAACACAUGAAGGUCCACAUCAAAUCGUCACCUACCUCUGAACCCCAUGACACGUACGACUCCAUUGCUCACCAACACGAACAACCUCAUCAGGCCCUCGAGCCACUCGACCUUAAAAUGAACCACCUUUCUCCAUCACUUGCCAAUAAAAACACUCAUUUUCCUCUUCUGUCCAAUCACGAAUUGGAUAUCAACUCAGCCACUGAAGUGGAUCAUAAGCUGCUGCUGAGGAGUUCGUCUCCAAUGACAAUGCCUCUGGACCUUUCUCUGUCGGGCCUGAAGAGUCAGCUGGCCCAGCAGCAGAGUAGCAGGAUCCCACGGAGGAGCCAGCGGUCAGUCAACCCAGCCUUACCUCAGUUAUCUAACAUUAAGGAGUGGUAUGUCUGUACCAGGACUACAGCACCACACUUUCCUCUACUUCACCCAGACCACAUCAAAUCAGAACCUAGUGAUGAUGAGCAGUACAUCACGUAGGAUGGAGGGACUGAUGGAUUUAGAUGUGAAGAACAGACCUCAUAUAUUGUCAGACCAGGUCAGGCCAGAGGAUGCUCUGUGGAAUCAUAGUUGCUAUAAUUUUUCAGAACCAGAAGUUGUAUGUUUCUACAUCCAUGGCCCUUCUAAGAUGGAGAAGAUGAUCUGAGGCUUUUUUACUCUGGUUCAAAAAUCUCCAAACUCAGCUCGGAGACAGUCACUACUUGUGAACCCAGAACAAUGGGUCAAAUGGUGCCAGAGGGGACAACAGAAAUUCAUUCAUUAUGGUUAUGAAACAAAAAGCUUGACAAGUUGCAAGUUAUCUAACCAGUGUUAGCUAGCUAACCUGAACUAACAAAGGGGAUAACACUGUGGACGCAAAUGAACUGAGAAUGUUGGUGACUGCUGUUUGCUGUUAAAGAAUAUGAUGAGGGUGUGUGUACAUGAUGACCUCUCUAGAGAAACCAGAUUAUUGACCAAUUUAUCUAAGAGCUCUACCUAGAUGAAGCAAUUUCAAGGGCUAAAUUGACACUGAUGGAAAGUGGUUACCCUGUUACCUUGAGCUCAUGGUAGCACUGUACACAUGUUAACACAGCAGGUCCAGAGCAACUGUUAAGAACUUGUUAAGGCCUCAGUAUGCUUUAAACAAACUAGUUUAUUCAAAGUGUGGUCUAACCACAUUUGCUGUCAAAGUGUUUCUACCUGUUCUGUGUGUCCACACUAGAAAGCAGGGUAAAAAGCCUGCCCUCAUAGCCUCCUCCUGCCUGCAUCUCACUGCCUCCCUGUCUCUCGCCAACAACUCUGUCUUUGUUGUCUCGACACAACAAAUUGUAUAUAUGAGAAUAAUGGCACAUUUUCAGAAAGUCUCUCCUCGAAGGCAUUCAUCGUGUUUGAUGGCUCAUGUAAAAAGUGACAGAAAUAGUUGUGUGAAGAAUGAAAAAGAGAGCCUGAGCUGGAUGAUCCAACAUGCACUUUGUUUGAAGCAAACUGAGGCCUUUACUAGCAAACCAUUUGUAACUUGUUCAAAAGUGUUUUAUGUUAUCACAGCCAGCAGUGGCACAUCAGCUUGAAGACAGUGGGUCGACCCUUCUUUGUACUGAUUAACAAGUGUCUCCUUAACCUUUCAACCAUGUGGACCUUUCAGGGGGUUAAUCAUCUGCAUCCAUUUACCCUCCAUUGACAAUUUAGUCAAGACCCCAGGUUUUCCAAAAUUACCAUAUAUGUGAUACACUUAUUCCUUUAACAUGAAAAUGUGUAUUAAAUGAUGCACAAGA